GCAACUGCAAGGCGCUGCCAAAGAAGGAUCUCUUUUGAAAAUUGCUUCUUUUUCUUGGUUAUCUAUAUCUUCAUCAUUUCACAACUGGUUCUGUAUGUGGGAACUUUUUGACAAUACUUUUGAUUUGAAUGGCUUCAGUUUCAAGUGGGUUUUAGAUUUUCAACAAGAAUAAGACAAGCUGGGCUUACUUCUACUUACUGGAGUUACAUUGCCAAUUAGGAAUGACGUUAACGGCUAGUUUAGUUCAAAAGAUAGGUAAUGCAAUUAAGGAAGUGGCCAGGAAUAAAGGCUCAACAUGGUGGUACACACCUCACAUGGCUGCAGCAUCUCGUGCCAUAGCCGAACGAAUCCCAUUGGUUGAUCUUGUCCUUGAAGUCAGAGAUGCGCGGAUUCCUUUAUCAUCAAAAUGUGAGCUAAUUAAGAAUUUGUCACCUUCCUCGAGGCGCAUUAUAAUUCUGAACAAGACAGAUUUAGCAAAUCACAUUCAACUAAAGGAAUGGCUGAAAUACUUUGAGCAACAAAAGUGUCUUGUAUUUGGAGUCAAUUCCCAUAAUAAAGAUAAAAUCAAAGAGUUACUGAACUUUCUGCGAGCUAGAGUUCGAGAAUUACCAAAGACUGGUCAUGGUGGUCAGACAAUAACAUUAAUGCUAGUUGGCAUUCCUAAUGUUGGGAAGUCUGCCCUUGCCAACUCAUUGCAUCAAAUUGGAAGGAUCAGUGCAGCGGAGAAAGGAAGAUUAAAGCAUGCCAUAGUGAGUCCUGAUCCCGGAGAAACAAAAAAUAUUAGUGGCUUGAAGAUCGCCAGCCAUCCUAGUAUUUAUGUGUUAGACACCCCUGGUGUUUUCCCGACUGAGAUUCUCAAUGCAGAGGUGUGCUCUAAUCUAGCUUUAACAGGUGCAAUCAGAGAUUGCUUGGUUGGGGAAGUGGAGCUUGCAGAAUAUUUUCUAUCCAUCUUUAACUUGAGCGAUGAAUACAAAAAAUGGGCCAAGUUGUCAUUAUCAGGUGCUGAUGAUAGUUCUGAGUUAGAGAGAAGACAGAAGCGGCAAUAUUUAACAGAUCACACGCAGGAUUUCAUUGUGAACAAAGUCCGAAGAAUGCUCUUCGAAGUAGUUUCAUCUUUCAAUUGCAAUCUAGAGGAUGAGGAGAUCAUGCUGCAGCUUAUCAAAGCAGAAUUUGCUGUCCUUCGCGAUGCUUUUAAUUUACCUCCUGAUUCGGAUGAUUAUGUUCGUAAAGUGGCUGCUAAAUUGCUUAAUCUGUAUCGUACUGGAAGGCUUGGUCAUUAUACUCUAGACCUUGUUCCAAGUAAAUAACUAAGGAAAAGACGUGCCAACUUUAGGGGGCUGUCUAUGUAGUCGACUAUGAUGCAAGUGUUGUUAUGACAUCCGAUCCAAAUAUCCGAAAUCCGAAAUUGAGCGGAUCGAUUCGGAUUUCGAAUUUCGGAUCCAAAUGAACAGCCCUACCCUAAACCCCACACGUGAGAUUAUACUGAUUUGUUAUUGUUGUUACUUUAUAUACUACUUAUCUAGCACUAUUAU